UUUAUAAAAGUUUAUAAGGAGCACAGAAAUCGACAGCAUAGGAGUGUUUUCGACAAAUAUAUUGGGACAUAUAUAUAUAAAAUCACAAUUUUACGCACGAAACUGUUACGUUUAUUUAACAGUGUAAAUAUGCGAACGUUAGAAAAAAAACUUUAAAAAAGGCACACUAGUCUACUGAGAGCCACGGAACCAAUAUUCUCUAAAAUUGUUAUUUUUAUUUGUCAGUUAUUUUUAGCCUACUUCUUUGUCACUGGCGUGCGCUUUGGGGGUAAAAGGAAGUGAAAGAAACUUCCCUCACUGCCCUCUUAAAACUAAUUUACGUAAAACAUUUCCCCUUUAAUUAUGCCACUCUCCUUCAAUUCACUGAACACAGACUGCUAAAUAAUGCAAAAAUACCAGGCUGCUUUUGACAUUGAAAUCAACACGUGGUCUGCAUUUUAGACAUGUGGGACAAAGGGCAAAGUUAGACCACCAGGGCUGACUGGCCUCCACAGGAGAAACAAGCAGUCACCAAACAGCAGGAGGGGCGUCUAUUUCCACAAACAAUAAAUCACUCAGGAAGACGACAUGGGAUUUAUCUUAUCGCCUUGUUUAGCUGUGAUUUCUGUUCCACAUAAAUCUCCACAGAUAAGGAAAGUGUGUCCUGAAAAAACAAUGAUCUAAGUACAUUUUUGGACAGUGACCUAAUAACAUCUCUGCUGCUUCACAGUCGUCUAUGUCCACCAUUGAGUUUGUCCUUUACUGAAUAACUUGUGACCUUUUUAAAAAAUGCCAUCGUGAUUAAUACGUGGAAAAUAUUAGUGUCUGAGUAACUCGUUCCACUUUGAUGGUUACAGGUUUGUGCCCAGGAGGCCUUUUUUCUGAUUCACAGUUGUUUCUGGUGGGUGCAUCGUGUCUCUCAGACAUGAGGCAGUGGGAGCGGGUGCACUCUUCUGUCAUGAGGUUAACAUGUGGUUCAAUCACCAAAGUGUUGAUGUCUUUUCUUUUUUUUUUUUUUUGGAUGGAGAAGUUACAGCAGCUGACUCAUUUUACCACAGAGGCGCAGUGGGAGAAAUUCCCCUGAAGACACCACAGCAUAUAGCUUGAAAUUGUCUCCAGUUUUGCACUCAUUUUGCUGGACAGUGGUUGAUGCAUGAAAGCAGCGCGAGAGUGCAAAAGCGUUUGUGGUAGACUGUUGUGAAAGUGAAAUAUUUGUGGUUAGUGAUGCGAUGACUCACAGGGAACUCAUUUUGCUAUGAUGUGUUUUGCUCCUCUUACUGGAAAAAAAAAGAAAAAAAAGAGUUCUGAUUAUUGACUUUGGAAGCUGGGUGAUUUAAUAACAUGCCAAACAGAGAGUAUACAGGCAAUAAGAGGUGAUUGUGUGGACAGUUCUGUCUUGCAUGUGUCAAAAAUGACAGGUUAUAGUGUCUGAGACUGCUCACUCUGCCACCCGCUGUGUCUUUUCUUGCUUUUUUUUUUUUUUGUCAAAAUGACUGGAUCUGAACCUGUCACCACAUCAUGGUCAGAGAUGUGGGAACAGUCAGGUUUAGACUGUGGGAUUGUGUAAUUGGGAAUUCCUUGUUGAUUCUUAAUAGGGCUGAUGGCAACUUGCUGACUCAAACUUCAUGUUGACAGCAACCCAAGCAAGCAUUUAUAGCUCCAGAACACUCAUAAUGUAUGCUUUGCUGUCAAAUGCCACCUGUCAGUACAUCAGCUAGCUGUUUUGAAGGAUAUAUUAUUAUUAGCAGUAUUUAAGGUUUUUGGAUGAAAACAGGACUAGUGUGCCUUUUUUUUACUUUUUGCAUUCUUGACAUUUCUUUGAAUCCCAGCAUCCACGACUGGGAGAAUAUCUCCUCACAGAUAUUCGGUGAGUUCUCCUCCCUUUUCCGCGCAAAACGUUCCGGCGGUCAUGCCAACCAUUUCCAAGGUUCUCCUGUACCUUUCCUUCCUCCCCGCGAAACAACGGGAUUUUCCAGGAAACGUCAGAUCAGGAGGGUGUGAUUCCCUGCUGCUGGUUGUCGCUUUUACCAGUAAACAGCAUGACUCACUGCUCAGCUAUGCUCUCCAUUUCCUUCACAUAAUAUCCGACCAAAUGUGCUGCGCUGGAGAAAGAGCAGAGGGCUGCGAGCCUCUGUCUGUACAGAAAUCUCUCCACCUCCCCCUUGGAGGGGGAAAAGAAAAGUGCAAGAAGAGCUUUCUCAGCGGAGCGGAGUAGUAGGCUGUCAAGGGCAGCAACAAGUCUGCUUUCUGGUGAACCCAGUCCCAAAAAAGAGAAGAAGAAAAACAGAGUCCAGAUGAGCCAACUCUGCAUUUAUCACUCAAGCAUAAGCUCAGAAGUCUUUGAUUUGCUGUUUAUUUUAGGAGGACUCUGGGCCCCACGGUUACCUGCUGGAAGUGAAGUGCAGCCAUGAGCUUGACCAGAUGCCUCACUUUAAAAACAUUACUGAACAAAAGGCAUAUAUUACACCGUUUUAGCUGCAAAAGUGAAGUUAGUGUCAGUUUCUGUUCAGUUCUAGAUGCUUUUUCCUCUUAAACAGGCCACAAAUAGUCUUCAAAAGGGGUCUGUCCCUUUUCAAAACAACAUGUACACCCAAAGAAGAAAACAGGCAUGCUUUGCUUUCCACUACCAGCUUAACAAACAAGCUCAGCCAUGAAAGGUGUGUAUAUAAAGGACUGUUAUUUGAGCAGUUACUCUAGUGUUGGCAUAAAUUGGUGAUAAUAUUGUUACUCAGUAAGUAGUACAACUGUGUUAUUGGUCAUCAGUGGAGCACCUUCAGGAAUGAAACAGUGCUGUUAUUUUAACCAGGGAAGUCAAACGAAAUCCUUGCACAAAGAGAGACUUCUCACUUCUCCACAUGAGCACACAGAAUGCCUUUUGAGUUGUUCGGGGCGAGCAGUAGAAGUGUCUGAAUUCCAGACGUUUUGUGGAUCUCGCAGUCGUUGUUUUACAAGUGGGGAUUGUCCAAACUCCACCUCCCAGGGCUGAGUGCAUCGCAGGACAUUUUCAGACUGCUGCAUGUUCCCUCUCGGCUCGAGAUAUUUGCCUGUGUGCAUGUGAGGGUUUGCACAUGUGUGUUCACUCAGGAAUGCGGUUUUGUUCUUCUCCCGCCAUCUGUGGCUUUUCCUUGAGGUAUUUUCCCAGACUCCGUUUUUCCCCCUCACUGUUAUGAAAAACCUAAUAGGAGUUGUUUUCUCGCCUAUAUUGAGAAGCCCUGUUUUGUUUGUCUGUCUCGUCUGUGUGUGACACAACCACAAAGUGUGGAUUUGGCUGUGUGAUAUAAUUGCUGUUUUUGCAUCGGAAAGGAAACUUUUAGCAUCUCGAUCAAGAAAAAUGUUGUCCCCGAGUUGCAAAAACAUACACACAUGCCUCAAGAAUUUCAGGGAAACAACCUGGCCUCUUGGUUCGAGCUGGAGGCCUCCUGCAUGAAGAGAGGAAGACCCCACAACCGCUUUUCCAUGAUCUUCGUGAGGAAUACACCCAGGGACCCCCCUCUGACGCAAUACCACUUAAAUCGGGCUGUUUAGGCCAACUUGCUGUCGAGGAAUUCUUUAUUUUAGUCGUUCAUCUUCAUUUGAUGCCUCUGAAAUCUUAAUUAUGCAAUUUUUUGCUGCAUGUUUUGCAAAUGGAUAAAGGACACCAGAGAGCACAGCAGAUGUUCUUUAAAUCUCUAAACAGAACUCUGUGUGGCUCGCUACAUUCAUUUCACAUCUGUUUAUUUUCCAAGUUAAGCUAUUUUAGGGACAGUGACUAAUGUUGGAGAGUAACAAAGUUGUUUUUCAUUUUGCUUAGUAGUUUUCCUCCAUGAAAGCUGCAGCUAACAGGACAGCAGGAGAAUUUUUGCUGCCUUACUGGAGGUAUCACUUAUCGCAUACUUGCUUAAAUUGUUUAGUUGGCAGAAAUUUGUGUCAGCACUGUGGGCUAAAUAUAUCCAGCCAGAGUUAAAUAAGGGCAUGGAGCGGCUCAGGAAAGCCCAGUGUAAGAGGAUCCAACCAGAGAGACAGAGCGCUAAAUCGAUAGACUACAUUGUCUCACUGCAAAAAUACAUCAGUGACUAUAAGGGAAACUAUUCCUCUGUGACACUCUAUCUUCAGGAAUUUUCCACAUGCGUACCUGCUGCUCCUGUAAAGUUCAGCAUCACCGUAAAUGUUACACUGCUGCGUUGACCUGUGUGAAUGUGGGAUGAGGAGGAGACAGCGACUAGACUGUGCCAGAUUAGAGGAUCAAACAUUUGAUGCAAGGCCGGAUUUGAGGGAAAUACCGCAGAAAAAUUGUGGAAUUUUGUCCACAGGAUGUCCUGAAGUGAUCUGCACUUGUGUCUCCUGUGAGGUUCUGGUCAGUUGUCUGCAUGCAGGGAAUGACGACUCAGUUUAAGACGAGCAAAGCUUUAAAGGUCAAGAAGGAGGUGGGCGAGAAUGCCCCGGCGCUCAGCGACGACGAGCUGGUGGCCAUGUCCGUGCGGGAGCUCAACCAGCACCUGCGUGGGCUGACCAAGGAGGACGUCGUGCGGUUGAAGCAGCGGCGGCGGACCCUGAAGAACCGUGGCUACGCCGCCAGCUGUCGCAUCAAGCGGGUCACCCAGAAGGAGGAGCUGGAGAGACAAAAGACAGAGCUGCAGCAGGAGGUGGACAAGCUGGCCCGCGAGAACGCCAGCAUGAGGCUGGAGCUGGACGCCCUGCGAGCCAAGUACGAGGCGCUGCAGUGUUUCGCCCGGACUGUGACCCGAGGGCCCCUCUCGCCGGGCAAAGUGGCCACCACCAGCGUCAUCACCAUCGUCAAGUCGGCCAACCACAACAACUCCAGCCCGACCCCGUUCUCGGCUCCCUCCUAGUGCAGACAGGACUGGGCUCACCUUUCUCCUGCCUGGUCCUUCCUGGUUCUGACCUGGUCACUCAUCCUGUACUGAGAGGAUGCUCAAUAGUUAGACUGAGGGGUGGUUAUGGGGUGGCAAGCUCUGUGUGAUGUUAUGCUGCAGUCACGAUUCUGACUCCCUCCUUCUGUUUCUAUUACACAAUCUACACUGUCUGUGCACUGUGCAAAAAAACAAAAAAACAAACAAAAAAAAAAAAACGAACCCUCCCUGACCCCCAGCACCGGCAGGGUAUCAGGCCUCUGUGACCCUACCUCCAUGACUGAGAUUUGCUUUUACUGCAGUCUAAAGUAUCUGACAUGCCUUAAAGUGGAAGCACAUGGGUCUAGGACAGCUCUGAUACCUAAAGCUAUAAGCAUAAAAUACAAGAGAUUUAAAUAGAACAUAUAUGACAGCACAACUAAAUCACAUUUCCUCUGGUGUCUGAAUGUAAAUUGAGCCUUUUGUAGCCUUAAAUAGAUCUACAAGUGAUCUGUAUCUCACAUAUGGUUGAAAACAAUGAGGUGUUAUGUUUCCAGCGUUGAGGUCGCCUAUUCAUUGCCACACUUGCAGGUGCUCUCCAACCAUUUGAGGAGCCGCCAAACACAUCACCAGAUGUUUUUACUGAUGCGUUCCUCUUCUUUUUUAGCAGGUGCUAAGCAGUAUGAAAAUCACCUGCUUUGGUUGAAGUGAAAUGUUUGGAGAGCGUUGCGUUAUACAGUUGAUAGCUGACCAACGUUUAGCUAACUAGCAUUACACGAUUGUUUCUGUUUCUGUCUUGGUUAUGCAAAGUUUGCAAAAUCAUUCUUGCCAAAUAGCCUAUUCAAUCUUCAGGAAGUAAUGCCAGAGAACAGCAGUUAAUACACUCCAGUAAAGGCUUUCAUACAACUGCUGAGUGUGGUCUAAUCCAGCAGUUUUGAAGUAACACUUUAGUGCUUUCAAGUCUUUGCUGGACUAUAUUGACUCCCGUUGUGAAAUGUUAUCAAAGCCGGCCAUUUGUGCCUCACAUCUACAUCUAAAGGAUGUGCCUCACAUCUACAGGGUGUCUGCGUCAGGUAGAUCAGAGCUCAGAGAGGUUUAUCUGAUGUAUCUUGAAGUUGCUGUCAUGCUUGAUCUUAGUUGAGAAGUUGCUGAAUUAGUCCGUGGGGCUGAGAAGUGUUACGUUGUGGAAGACAUUGGAAAGGGUGCUGCAUGUGAUUUUGUUGGUAUGUUUGUAGCCUCUUGACUCGAGAAAUUAAUCAUGAGCUUCUGCAUAUAUGUUAAAUAGUUGUUUAACAGACUCGGGAAGACUAAAAUGCAAAAUUGGAAAGUGAUUAAUGAGCAUUAUGGGCCAAAGAUUUGACGUUUAUUAGCAUUUCUCAUCAUAUAGCACUUAUAAAGAAACUGUUAAGGUACAGUAUAAAAUAAAACAGUUCACAGGGCUACUUAUUUAUAGAAUUGAAGCUGACAGAAGCUGCAUUUCUGUAGUUACUGUGGCUUAACUGCAUGAUGAUUAAAUGUGGUGUGACCACUUAUUGCAAGGUGAAGCCUAAUGUAACUAAAGCUCUCCAAUAUGUAUACUGCAGCACUUAAUGGGUGACGUUUUGCCUCUUUCCUUUAUACGCCACUCUUUGGUUGGUAAUCCAUAUUGGAUGUAGUGAUAACGAGAGCGGUCCUUAUAAGUAUGAUGCAAUUCAACCUUACCUCCUGUAUAUUACAGAUUAGAGAUGACAAAAGCUCCCACUGCUUCUGUUGUCACUUACAUCAAAAACUCCGUCCAGAUAGAAAUCAUUCCUACUGCUGGGUCACGAGAAGUGCUGCUGCCGGUGUUGGUUACUUUCUGAAACAGUAGCUAUAAUUUUACCUUGCUUUUGACACACUCUUCUACAAGAGAACUCCUGACGCCCAUCUCUAAGAAACAGUGGUGUCAAGACAAAUCAAUGCAGUGAACACCUUGCUCUUGUUGUACGUUUUUUUUUUGUUGUUGUUGUAAUAUUUAAAUAUGAAAAAUUCACUUGAAAUCAAGCCGCUCUUACCGAGGAUCCAUUCCUAAUUUGGAGUGAAGUCAAUAGAGAUUGUUCAUGUCAGGAUUUUCUCUUGGCUAAGAGGACAUGACAGUUCUUCCCCUGUUCUAUAGCUGCAAAGAACAGUAUGGGGAACUUUGCUGCUGUACAACCUGCUGUGAUUUUUAAGCAGGGGCAAUGCUGUGUUCUUACUCUCAUUUUGUAUUUUCACUUGGUUUCUAUGUUGAGACAUCCUAUGUUCUUUUUCUGAUACUUAGUUUUAUAUGCAUAUACAGUAUAUAAAUAUAUAUAUAUUUCAUAUUUUUCUAUAUUUAUGUCUUUUACUAUCUUGGGAGUGGUGUGACUAUGUAAUCAGUCUUUGAAGUCUAAUUAUAUUGAUGCUGACGUAUUCACAUUUACAAUGAGACAACUACUCUCCUAACUUAAGUCUUCUAUGUGAGCAUUUAAAGCCCAGUAAUAGUUCUUUUUAGCACAUAUACUAUUUUUUAAAAUUCACAAUUUGGACAAUUUUCUGUAAAAGACAAGAAUUAAACCCCUAAAAAUGGGGAAACGACAUUCUAACCGCCAGUUUACACUGUUAGUGAAGAGUACAUGUACAUUACUUCAUAAUUAAUUAUACUGAAGUGAGACCUAUAAUGACAGAGAUUUAGUGGCAAAGCAAUUCACAAAUUCUCAAUAAUUCCUGCACAAAAUUUAUACCAAACAUUUACAAAUCAGUGGUCUUAAAUGCUGAAAAUGACUGUGCAUAUUUCAACACUGCCUGAGGUUAAAACUGCCUAAAAUCAACCAAAUGUUCAGUUGUUGUUGUUUUUUUUUUAGGCUGCAUUAGUUGAAGACUUAAUAAAACAGACAGUUUUAAAUUAAGAUGACGGUAAUGCUUUUGUAACUGUAAAGAAACCUUACCUGAAAAUAAUUCCAAAGCUGUUUCCAAUUAUUCACACAGACCUCUUACAGUUAAGGUCUGUUUUAAACCUGAGUAUGAGUACAUAUGUGUUUACAGGAGUCAUUUUUCAGCACAGUUAAUAGACGUCGAAAAGCAUUUUCUACAAGGCAUUACAGUGACCUCUUGUGGUGAGGUUUCAAAACUAAAUGAUGUUAAAUGAGGCCUUGUUUCAUUGUAGCACUUACUAUUGCAUUUGAGUCUGUGGGGCUUUUUUCAUGAGCACACCUAAAUGAAAAAUAAAAGAGAGGAAAUGUUAAAGUAUAUAUUUCUAUUAUGUGCCAAAUAAAAGACAAACCUUACUCUGGGUGAAUGAAGUACUCUGGUGUUAAUCCUACAUUCAGUGUGACCCAACAGGGGUCCAUUUAUGCUCUAAAAGACAUGUUGCUCUUAAGCUAGCCAGACAUCCUACGUUACAUUUUGUGUGAGCCACAUACAUAAACAGACUUGCAAAAAAGAUUUUAAAUAAUUCUAAGAAGCGUUACACAUAAAUGUAGGGUUUUUAGAAAAAAGAGGGAUAAACAUUACCUGCCAUGGAUGCUGGUGUGAACAGCUUUCUUUCUUCUAGCUGUGAAGAGAAGUUGGUUAUUCGACAUUUUCACAUGAACAGUAACAAUGCAAAUGUAUUUAGAGAAGUGAGCUUGCUUGUGUAUCUUGACUAGGUAUUCAAGGUUGUUAAUUUAAAAGUUCUUUCUGAUUAAGUAAGCUUUUACAUACAAGCUUUGCCAGUCCUACAAGCUACAGUAUUUAACUUCAGCCAUGUAAGGAAGUCAGUUUUAGUAUUGUAGAAGGAAUGGAGCAUGUACACAGAUUUAUGUGGUUAUGGGUGAAAUAAUGGAUAAAAUGCAUUGAAUGUUAGUUCAACAGCGACAAUUUCUAUGUUAAGGUUGUGCAUAUGAGAUAAAUAUUUUUUUUUUUUUUGUUGUAGUCUCAUGGCGACAUGUUGAGGCUUAAUAAGUGACUGUCGAUAGCAACUUUAAAAGAAGACAGUUACAAGGCAGCGUAAACUGAGUAUGUACCCGUCACAAUUUGUCAUUACUCUGCUCAUUUAUAUUUUCUAUUUAUUUCAUUGAUUUGUGUAAUUUUAUUAAAAAAAAAACACCUAAAUUAUUUUUAUUUUACAUUCAUGUAUUUACAUGUUUUCUCAAUGAACUACCCUCAUGUACAAAUAAAAUCUGUAUUUGUUUCUGCUCUGA